ACGCAGAAUCACGACAGUUGCCUUUAGUUAGGGUGUGUAACAUUACCAGUGUUCUGUUGUAAUUAUUCUAUUUUGAUAUUUACCUGUUGUACGUGCUCAUUGCUCUGCGCAGUGGGUCCACUUAACACUACUAAUGUGAAGUUGACCAUGGCUGAGAUCAGUGAUCCUAAGAUUGCAUUUGCCUAUCUACGCCCGACCUGUGUCCUGCUAACCCGAGAGCCCACUGUGACCAAUGUGGAGUUACUGAGUGCCCAGUUGAAAGAAGUCAAUGAUGCCACGUUGCAGCAGCUCCAAGAGUAUGUCCUCUUUCCUCUUCGCUUUGUCCUUAAAGUCCCCGGGCCUAAGAAGGACAAACUGGUGCAGGCUGUGGCUGAAGCCAUCAGCUACGUGCUGGAGAACACUUGUGUCCAGAGAUGGGACACCCUGCAUGACCUUCUUUCAGAGCUUUGCCUCUGCCUGUGCUGUCCAACCGAUCCUGGGAAGCCUGCAGAUACAUCUGAGGAGCUUAAAACAGCAGUGCUGAGGUGCCUGGACGCACUGCUUCAUGCUGCUUACGGUGAUAUAGUCUUUAAACUCUUUGAACCCGUUAUGCUGGCCGGACUGGGAGCUGCCAUAUCACUGCUGCUGGCUAUAGGAGAGAAGGAGAAAUCUCGAGAUAUACAGGCAGCAGCGUUAAAGUGCCUCCAGACUUUGACUCUGCAAUGUGAUUGCACUCAGGAGCACAUAGUCCCAUCCUCAGAGGAGAGAUGCAUUAUAGGCAGCACCAUGGCUUCCUUCUUACCUGGUAUCACUGUGGCUGUAGCCAGGAUCAUUACAGGAGAUCUGAGACAAGGCCAUGCAGUCACAGUCAGGGCCAUCAAGGUUUGGUCCAGGACUGUGGGGCUUGUCAUGGAAGAUGCCCAGCUUCAAGCCAGUGAGCCCUGUAAGACUCCCUCACCAGACCUGGGGAGAAUAGGACAACUUUUGGUCCAUCGGACAGAAUCCUGGGUGAAGAGCACAGCAGGGAAACUAUUUGUGCUCCUAAGAAAGAUCGUCUCCUGCACCUCAGCUCACCAGCACUGGACGGUUAGACUAGAGAUGGUGGAGCUGGAUGACCAUCUGCUGGCCAGAUGUAGCCAGUCACUGGGAGAGUGUGUGGGGCUGCUUCUGGAAGCACUGGUGGGAGCAAUCAAUGAUGAGGAGCCCAGAGUCAGAAAGAGGUGUGAGGUCGCUCUCAGAGCGGUAUCACAGAGGAAUCAGAGCUGUAGCCGCAGCUGUGAUACCAGUAAAAGCAGCAGCAGUGCUCAGACCUUUACUGAUGUGCUUUCAGAGAAUCUCCACGUUUUGGCUACCUCCCUGCCCAGACUGAUGAGGACUACUGAUGACCAGAAGAAGCUCUUUGUCCUUAAUGUGUUUCUGGGUUAUUUAAAAGUCCUGGGACCGCUUGUCUCUGUCGUGCUAAACUCAGCUGCACAUCUUGAGAGGAUUUCAAAAGCCUUAAUGCAGGUGCUGGAGCUGGAUGUGAUGGAUGUUCGCAUUGUAGAGGAAAGGAGUUACGCUGCUUCCAUAGAGACAAGCUCAGGCUCUCAUGAUUCGUACACUGCCCACAUUCAGAGGAAGCAUUUUCUCUACUUCACAGAUGAGAAGAUCUUCUCUGUGCUCAUGGAGAUCUGUCGAACAUUAGGUUACUAUGGCAACAUGUACUUGCUGACAGAUCACUUUCUGGAUCUGUACCAAAUGUCUUCUGCAUACAGAAAGCAGGCUGCCAUGGUGCUAAAUGAGAUUGUCAGGGGUUCUGCGGGCAUAGCCGUGGCAACAGAGACUCAUGGUUUGGAGAGUCAAGUCUGGAGACACUCUGCCACCCAGGAGGACCUCAAGAUGGCAGUGGUGUCUAUCAUGGAGGAAUACACCAGUCUGAAGAACUGGCACUUGAUUACUGUUGGUGAGGAGAUGGAUAGAGACCGGGAGGACCAGCAGCUGCUCAGCCCAUCCAGACUCGUCUCCAUAUCCAACAGCAAUGCCAGCAACACUAAUGCAAACUCACUCCAAGUGAUUCCUUCCACAUUUGCCUCCCCGUCUCCCUCAUCGUCCACCUCUACAAUCCACCAUCUCAACAGCAACAUCUGGCAACUGUGUAUCCAACUUGAGGGCAUCGCCUGCUUUGCUCAGGCCUUGGGACGUGACUUCCGUCCCUUGUUGAUGACAUCACUGUACCCUGUACUGGAGAAAGCUGGGGAGGAGACAUUGCUCGUCAGCCAGGCAGCGCUGGGCACCAUGUGGGACGUCAGCAAGGCCUGUGGCUACCACUCUUUAAAGGAGCUGAUCAAUGAGAACUCGGACUACCUGCUCAAUGACAUAUCACUUAACCUGCAGAGGCUCAGCCAGCAUCCACAGGCUCCACGUGUGUUGACAGUGAUGUUAACUCACUCUGACUGCAGCCUGCUACCUCUGGUUGAGGACAUUGUUCAGGAUGUGCUGAUGGCUCUGGAUCUCAGCUAUGACAACACAGCUGCUCUUUUCUGUUCUGUGCUGCACACACUCAUGGCAGCGCUGGCGAGGUGGUUUCCCUCCAGUUGUGGUAGGGUCGGUGAGUCUGCCAGACCUAAGCAGACCUCCACUCACAAGGAAGUCCUCAACAUCCGCCAAUUCUUGCUGGACUACCGCAAACAGAAAGAGCUGGCAGAGGGCAUUGGAAUAGAGGAGGACGACACUAAGGGCCUCGAAGUCCCUCCUCCCAUCGAGUGUGAGGAUGUUAAAGAUAUUGGUGGUCCUGAUGUAAAAGCAGAGCUUCCCUCCCACCUCCGCAUCACCAAAGAAGUUAUGGAGCGCUGCAUUCAUCUGCUGUCCAACCCUAGUCUCCGGGUCCGACUCAAGGUAUUGGAUGUGCUGGAGCUAUGUGUGCGUGUACUCAGUGAGAAGGAAAAUGAGAUGCUGCCUAUGGCCCAUCGCUGCUGGCCUGCCCUCCUACAGAGACUCACAGCUGAUGACCCUUUAGCAGUCCUCAGAGCCUUCAGGAUGCUGUGUACACUGGGUGAAACAUGUGGUGACUUUCUGAGGAGGAGGGUUUCUAAAGAGGUUCUGCCCAAGCUGAGCUCCUCACUGGCACGGCAAGCUCCGACCAGCGCCAAGGCCGGACCUGUCUACACACACACCCUGGUCUACAAACUGCAGCUGGCUGUACUUCAGGGGCUGGGCUCACUGUCCCAGAGGCUGGAUCUGGGUGAGGCAGACCUGGAUACUGUCUGUGAGGCCUCCCUUCCCUACCUAAGCUGUAGACAACCCAUCAGACUGCAAGAGGCCAGCCUAAGUGUUUUCCGACACUUAAUCCAGGUGGAUCCGGAUGCCUUUUGGUUUACUCUGAAUGAGCUGCAUUGCCCAUUUUCCUACAUCCCACCCGACUCUGACCUCCAGCCUGUACAGAUGAAUGGAAUGGGUCGACCAAGGGACGAGUACUCGGACAACGUGCUGAAACUGCUGAGGGAGGAGUUCGGGUUGAGUUGAGAGCUGUGUUGCUGAGACAGUCAACCAGCCAGUCAGCUAAUGAGCUAGUGACUGAUGUGAUUGACUCAUCUCUUGAAUGGACAGCUUACUGAAACACUGACUCCAACAAGUCAAUUAACUGAAAGAAAAUCUGACAAUUGUGCCAAUAACAGCCAUCAGAUACAGUUGUGAUAACCUUCAUGCUGUACACAGCUCUGAUAGCAGCAAGGUACAAAGGAAAAUGUUAGGGAAGCAUCUCUACUGCUGUUCCCUCUCCUGCUGCAUGCUUAGAAACCAGGAAUGCUUCUGUUUUUUUCUAGAUUAGGAGACAUGCAGUGACAGUGCUGAUGUUUUUCAUUUUAUGUGAAGGCACUGACAUAUACUGCUAUGCUAUUCCUUUUUAUGUUAUUUCUUUAUUGUUUAAGAAAUACGAUAUUCCUAACUUCCUUGCUGUUUUGAAUUAUUCAACCUGUAGUUUCACAUGGAACUUUAAUACAGAUUAUUUUGACUAUUGGUGACCCAGAUAAAGAGAUUUUAUGUGAACCUAAAACAUUCAUAAUCAAAAGAAUCCAACUGUUAAAAAAGCUCA